AUGACAUUAGUUGUCUCCGGUGGGUCUCUGGAUAGUUUGAAACACCGGACUGAACUCCUAGAGGCUCUAACUGGUUUCAUUACUGAGACUCCAUCAGUGGAAUGUACUUUGCAGGGUACCCCUCGUUCACCUGUCUUCUCAGCAGAUGGGGAUUUUAUAAUUGGAGGUGUUUUCUCUAUUCAUUACCAACUUUACACAGUGAUCUAUAAUUACACCACCAAGCCUGAGCCUCCAAGAUGCACAGGGAGCAUUGAUACCCGGGAACUGCGCUUCUCUCGUUCAAUGAUCUUCGCCAUAGAAGAGAUAAAUAACCGCACGGAUUUGCUGCCUGGCAUUAAACUCGGAUAUCGCAUCUAUGAUUCAUGUGCGUCUGUGCCUGUGGCUGUGCACGUGGCAUUUCAGCUGUCAAAUGGGCAAGACCCUGUGAUUUACAAAGGCACUAACUGUUCUCAGUCUGGUGUGGUGAUGGCUGCUGUUGGUGAAUCUGGAUCCACACCAUCCAUAAGCAUGUCACGGAUCAUGGGAUCUUUUAACAUUCCACAAGUGAGCCACUACGCCACUUGUGCUUGUCUUUCAGAUAAGCAACAGUACCCGAAUUUCUUUAGAACAAUUCCAAGUGAUCGGUUCCAAGCCGAUGCAUUGGCCAAGCUGGUAAAACACUUCGGCUGGACUUGGAUAGGGGCUGUACACUCAGACUCUGAUUACGGAAAUAGCGGCAUGGCGUCUUUUCUUGAUGCUGCUCUGAGAGAGGGGAUCUGUGUGGAGUACAUUGAAUCAUAUUUUCGAACAGACCCAAGCAGCAAGAUCCAAAGGGUUGCAGAUGCCAUCCGCAGGUCAACAGCUAUGGUUGUUGUGGCUUUUAUAGCAUCUGGAGAUAUGAGGGUCCUGUUGGAGGAGCUGGCUCUGGAUCCUCCACCACCUCGCCAGUGGAUUGGCAGCGAGUCCUGGGUGACUGACACGUUCAUGGUCAGGUAUAGUUUCUGUGCAGGGGCCAUUGGAGUUGCCAUUCCACAGGCUGUGAUCCCAGGUCUGAGGGACUUCCUUCUGGAUCUCUCUCCUUCUGAAGUGGCUGCUUCCCAACUGCUUACUGAGUUCUGGGAAGAAGCAUUCAACUGUAGCUUGACAAAAAGUCCUGCUGUAAACAAAGGCUUGUGUGAUGGAACUAAUGAUAUAAAAAUGCUUAAGAACCCAUACACUGAAACAUCUCAGCUUAGAGUAACUAAUAUGGUGUAUAAGGCUGCUUAUGCAAUAGCACAUGCUUUUCACAAUGCACUGUGUCUGGAAACAAAUGUUACGACUCAGUGUGACAAACUCAUCAAACUGAAAUCAAAUCAGAUUUUUUCAGAAUUAAAGAGAAUUAACUUUUCUCAAAAUGGUUAUCAUGUGUCCUUUGAUGCUAAUGGGGAACCUGUUGCUGCAUAUGAGGUGGUCAACUGGCAAACAAAUGAGAGUGGAAGUACUGAGGUAGUAACCGUGGGUUCUUAUGAUGCAUCACUGCCGGUGGGCAAGCAGUUCCAUAUCAACAGGAACAUCAAUUGGAUGGAGGGUGGCUCAAAAGUACCAGUGUCGGUUUGCUCUGAGAGUUGUCCUUCAGGAACUCGUAAAGUGUUACAGAAAGGAAAACCCAUCUGCUGCUAUGACUGUAAACCAUGUCCUGAAGGAGAGAUCAGUAAUAUCACAGAUUCCCCUGAUUGCAUCCCGUGCCCCAAAGAAUUCUGGCCCAAUGCGAAAAAAGAUGCUUGUUUUCCCAAACCUGUGGAGUUUCUUUCUUUUGAGGAAAUCCUGUCAACCAUCCUGGCUGCUUUUUCUGUUAGUGGAGCCUGUCUGGCCAUUAUUACAGCAGCAGUUUUCUUUCGGCACAGGACAACUCCAAUUGUCAGAGCCAACAACUCUGAGCUGAGCUUCCUGCUGCUCUUCUCUCUGACUCUGUGUUUCUUAUGUUCAUUAACAUUCAUCGGACCACCGUCUGAGUGGUCCUGUAUGCUGCGGCACACAACGUUUGGCAUCACCUUUGUUCUCUGUAUCUCCUGUGUUCUUGGGAAAACUAUAGUGGUUUUAAUGGCCUUUAAAGCUACACUUCCUGGUAACAAUGUGAUGAAAUGGUUUGGUCCACCACAGCAAAGAAUGACUGUAGUGUCUUUUACUUUUGUUCAGGUUAUAAUAUGUAGUAUUUGGUUGCUUGUGAGUCCUCCCUUCCCAGUGAAAAAUCUAACCACCUACAAGGAGAAGAUUAUCUUGGAAUGUGCAUUAGGUUCUGCUGUUGGCUUCUGGGCCGUGCUGGGAUACAUCGGCUUGCUGGCUGUAUUUUGUUUCACGUUAGCUGUUCUAGCACGGAAACUACCUGAUAAUUUUAAUGAAGCCAAGAUGAUAACCUUCAGCAUGUUGAUAUUCUGUGCAGUGUGGAUCACCUUCAUCCCAGCAUAUAUCAGCUCUCCUGGAAAAUUUACUGUGGCUGUGGAGAUAUUUGCCAUUCUAGCCUCCAGUUUUGGACUGAUACUGUGCAUAUUUUUCCCAAAGUUCUUGAUCAUUUUGUUUCAGCCAGAGAAGAACACCAAGAGAUAUUUAAUGAACAAAAAUCAAACCUAAAAUGUUAAAAGUUUGAAAUCCAGACUACACGAUGUAAUGUGAUAAAUCAUGCAACAAAACCUAAACUUCUCAGGAUCAUAAAUACUUGGAUUGUUCUAUUGAUCUAUUGUUGGAGGUUAUAUAUAAAUAGCAAAUGAAAUUUUAAACAUAUAUGAGUUUGGUUUUCACUUUUUGAUUUUAAAUUUUGUUUCAGUGCUCUUAAAUGGAAACUUGAUAUAUCAUCAUUUAGCGGUACAGUUGGAGUGAUUACGAAUAAAGCUGAUCAUUGAAUUUUAGUUAUUUCAUUAACCUUCAGAACUCAGUAGUACAUAUGGUAGUAUAUACACUGCUCAAACAAAUAAAGGGAAUGCUCAAAUAACACAUCCUAG